AUGGUGGGCGCAGCAUUUGCCGCUGCAGCCCCGCAAGUCCCGUCAUGGCAGCUAGGGUACGGUGAAAACGGCAAUCUCGGCGGCCUUCUCCUCGCCAUCUUCGCGCCCACGAAGGGAUUCGGGAACUUUGUGCUGGUUGUCCUUGCGCUGAAUACAUCAUGUGCUGCGGCGCCUACGAUGUACAGUUUCGGCACGAGCUUUUUGGCUAUCACUCCUGCUUUGGCUCGGGUCCCUCGAUAUAUCUUCGUGAUUAUCUCUGAGAUAAUAUUGAUCCCCCUAGCCAUCAUCGGAGCCAAACGAUUCUACAGUACAAUAGUCAACGUCCUAAGCGUAAUAGGCUACUGGACAACCGCCUACGGCAUCAUCAUCCUAACCGAACACUUCCUCUUCCGCCACGCCUCCUUCCGGUCCUACAACACCGCGCACUGGGACCAAAGCCGACAUCUACCCGUGGGGAUCGCAGCCGCCGCGUCGUUCCUUUGCGCAGUGGCGUUCAUUGUGCUGUGUAUGGAGCAGACGUGGUUUACGGGCCCGAUUGCGAAGAUGGGGACGGGGGAUAUAGGCGUGUUUGUUGCUGCUGGCGCGGCAGUUGUGUUUUAUGUCCCGCUUAGAGCGCUGGAGAGGAAGGUGUGGCCUGGAAGAUAA